CCUCCUCCCACCGCCUCCCAGUUUUCUUCCCCAUGGUUUGCAGGCCGUUUGGAUCCAGCCCCUCCAAACACCCUCCCGAAAGCGUGAGUUGAUCUAUUCCCUCAAUCUGGGGGGAGAGGGCUUCCAGGUCUUCGCACCGCGCCGACGGCCUCUUUGUAGAUCUUGGAUGAGCAGAGAAGAACUGCAAGAUGCAUUGCGAGAGGUUUCUAUGUAUCUUGAGAAUACUUGGAACCACACUGUUUGGGGUGUCCCUCCUGCUUGGAAUCUCCGCUGCUUACAUUGUUGGCUACCAGUUUAUCCAAACGGACAACUAUUACUUCUCCUUUGGACUCUACGGUGCCAUUCUGGCAUCGCACCUCAUCAUCCAAAGCCUGUUUGCCUUCCUCGAACACAGGAAAAUGAAACGGUCUCUUGAGACUCCAAUCAAGCUGAACAAAACUGUUGCCCUUUGCAUUGCUGCCUACCAGGAGGAUCCCAACUACUUAAGGAAAUGUUUACUUUCCGUGAAAAGACUCACCUACCCUGGAAUUAAGGUGAUUAUGGUCAUCGAUGGGAAUUCUGAAGAUGACAUUUACAUGAUGGACAUUUUUAGCGAAAUCAUGGGCAGGGAUAAGUCUGCCACUUACGUCUGGAGGAAUAACUUCCACCAGAAAGGCCCCGAGGAGACUGAAGAGUCGCAUAAAGAGAGCAUGCAGAAAGUCACUCAACUCGUCCUGUCCAACAAAAGUGUCUGCAUCAUGCAAAAAUGGGGCGGGAAAAGAGAAGUGAUGUACACAGCGUUCAAAGCACUGGGGAGAAGUGUGGAUUAUGUGCAGGUUUGUGACUCUGAUACAAUGCUUGAUCCAGCUUCAUCAGUGGAAAUGGUCAAGGUUUUAGAAGAGGAUCCAAUGGUUGGAGGCGUUGGGGGAGAUGUGCAGAUUUUGAACAAGUACGACUCGUGGAUCUCCUUCCUCAGCAGCGUUAGAUACUGGAUGGCAUUUAACAUCGAGAGGGCGUGCCAGUCCUACUUUGGCUGUGUGCAGUGCAUCAGCGGGCCCUUGGGGAUGUACAGGAAUGCCUUACUCCACGAAUUCGUGGAAGACUGGUACAAUCAAGAAUUCAUGGGGUCUCAGUGCAGCUUUGGAGACGACCGGCAUCUCACCAACCGAGUCUUGAGCCUUGGCUAUGCAACGAAAUACACGGCUCGGUCCAAGUGCCUUACCGAAACGCCCAUAGAAUAUCUCAGGUGGUUGAACCAACAGACCCGCUGGAGCAAGUCCUACUUCCGAGAGUGGCUAUACAAUGCAAUGUGGUUCCACAAGCAUCACUUGUGGAUGACUUACGAGGCUGUCAUCACCGGCUUCUUCCCAUUCUUCCUCAUUGCCACUGUCAUCCAGCUUUUCUACCGGGGGAAGCUGUGGAACAUCCUCCUUUUCUUGUUGACAGUCCAGCUGGUGGGCCUUAUCAAGUCUUCCUUUGCCAGCUGCCUUAGAGGGAACAUUGUCAUGGUUUUCAUGUCUCUCUACUCAGUGUUGUACAUGUCCAGUUUGCUGCCGGCAAAGAUGUUUGCCAUAGCCACGAUAAACAAAGCAGGUUGGGGCACGUCGGGCCGGAAAACCAUUGUGGUCAACUUCAUAGGACUCAUCCCAGUCUCCAUUUGGUUUACAAUCCUCUUGGGCGGUGUCAUUUUCACGAUAUACAAGGAAUCCAAAAAGCCAUUCACUGAAUCGAAACAGACCGUGCUAAUCAUUGGUACGAUACUUUACGCCUGCUAUUGGGUGAUGCUAUUGACUUUGUACUUAGUCCUCAUCACCAAAUGCGGAAGGAGGAAGAAGGAACAACAGUAUGACAUGGUGCUUGACGUAUGAUUCAACCACUGUGACCCCCCCCAACCCCA